GUUUUUUGUCACCUUCUUUUCUUUAUUAUUGUUGUUAUUGUUAUUAUUGUUUUGGUUUUCUUUUCUUUUUCUUUUUUUUAACUAUAAAGGAUAAUAUCAUGGUUGAACAACAAUCACUUCCCUCUUUACCUCCUCGAAGCAACAAUCCUUAUCGAAAUAUGAACGACUCUCAGGACGACAGAAACAAUUCGCAACGAACUGUUUGGACACCAGCUGCAUUACUGAAUAAAUACCAAGCUCCUCCUUCAACACAUAUACACGACCUUCGUCAAUGUGCAGCUUUUACUAUCAACACACCCAGUCUUAUAAAUAAUAAGAAUACUAGUGAUCUAAUACUUGAUUCGACCUUAGACAAAGAAAACCAAAUAUCUACAACAACUCAAGCAUCAAGUCAGUCAUCCAGAUUCAUUUGUCAUAUCUGCCAUUAUUGGUUUCAUAUUUCUACAUCUCACUAUCGAUAUACUUGUCCAGAACCUGGUUAUAUGACUCAUCACUAUCAUACCUUUUCUUUGCCCAACAUUUCCACUCAAGUAUACCAAUGUUGCGGAUGCAAUACUCAGGUCAAAUUUACUCUCCAGAAGCCCAUCUUACCUGAUGAUCUCUUACAAGAACUGUCGUCGAACCGUCCUAUGAUACGAACAUAUCUAGAUACUACUGAACAAAAAGCUCUCAAACCUACCGUAUCAAGUACACUGUCAACAUGUCAAAUAUAUAUCAAGGAUUUACUCGAAAACACUCGUCGCAAUAUUAAUACACAAAAUUAUCAUUUUAUGGAACGGAUUGGAUUGGAUAAAACAACAACUCGAUUAUUGAGCAUUAUUGGAUUUAGAUAUGAAAAUGGAUACUUUAUGGCACCUGCCCAAGUGGAUAACGAACGAUUAUAUAUGAUACAAGAAGAAUUAACAGCAUCUCUUCUUGAAAUUGCAUCAACUACCAAUCAACGUAUGAAUGUAUCCGAAAAAAAUUGUCCUAUUGCGGCGCCUGUGAUAUUAAAUGACUUUUUGGGAUGUCAAGACAGUGUUGAACAUGGGAAUCGAAGUAGUAAUAACCACGGAUUAGAUGACUAUUGUAAAACAUUAGGUGUUACUAGUUUGGCUUCGGAUGAACUGAUCGUUUGGGCUUAUCAUCAAUUGGUACAAGAACAACCUGAUAAUUUGUACGAAUUGCUAGGUGCUUUGAGUCAUAUUACUGAUAUCAAGGGUGGUGACGUUUUACAACUUGGAGUGACAAUUGAACGCAGUAAAGGGUAUUUUAGUGACAACGAUGUCAACAAUGCUUAUCAACAUUUUGGUGCUCAAAAGGAUAUUGAAGAUGAAACUCUUUUAGCUGCUCAUCAAUACAAGACACAAGAUUAUCCUCAACAAAAGGUCAUUCAUGACGAAAAACUACGUAUUAUCGGUGAAUCAAGGAAAAGUACCAAGUUAUUACAGUAUCUGGAGAAAAAUGGAUCACCCAAUACACAACAAAUAUUAGGCAAUAACAAUGAACUUAAUGUAAACGAUUUGAUUAAAACCUCACCUGUGGGAUUGACGAACAUUGGAAAUACUUGCUAUCUGAACAGUUUAUUACAGUAUUAUUACACUCUUCUUCCUUUCAGGAAUACAAUCAUCAACAAGGAUGAUUAUGUGGAAAACGAGGAUAAGAUUGAUUGGCAAAUCAAGAAAAUUGGUGGUAUUGAAGUGGAUCAAAAAGAAGUCAGAAGAGCCAAAAAAUUUGUUGGUCUUCUUAGGGACUUGUUUAUGCAACUUGGGAACACAAAUGCUACUGAAAUAGCACCGGAUAUGGAAUUGGCGAAGAUGGCACUACUUAACGAAAAGGAAGAAAGCUCAACUGUUGAAAAAACUGGAUCUUACAAUACUGAAGUCAAAGAUAGUAACUCAUCCAUGGAAGAAUCGGUUAGUACUCUUGUAGAAAGCAAAAAGGAAUCUGAUGACGAAGGCAAUUUACAUGGUAACAACCCAGUAUCAACAUGUGAAACCGUUUCCAAUGAUGAAAAAACACAACAACCAACGUCUACGAUAAAAUCUACUCUUCAACAAUCACCACUACCUCCACCACCAGUACCUCCAAAGAAGACUAACGAUAUGAAUAUGAUGAUGUUAGGGACGCAACAAGAUGUGACAGAAUGCAUGGGUAAUGUGAUGUAUUUGGUAGAAGCGGCACUAAAACCAGAAGAAACGGAAAAUAUGGAGCAAACAAGGGACAUGAUCCGUGAUCUUUUUUAUGGCAAGGCACGACAGAUUUUAUCUUACAAGGACACCAAGACUACGAAGAUUAUUCAAAAAAUCCAAGAAGAAGAAUUCUCUCAUGUGAUUGUAGAUGCAGCAGCAGGCAAGAAUCUUUAUGAUGGACUGAAUGAAUACUUUUUUGCGGCUCAAGUGGAAAAUUUCCAAGGUGGACAAGAAGCUGUACGGGAAGUAUCUGUUCGAUCAUUUCCUCCAGUGUUACAAAUUCAGGUUCAAAGGGUACAAUUCAAUAGGGUUACUUCUCAAGUUUACAAAUCCCAUGCCUUUGUACAAUUUGACAAGACAAUCUAUUUGGACAGGUAUCUUGAUAGCAAUUUUGAAACUUUGGCUUCUCGUCGUGCAAAUGUGGUCCAUUGGCAAAAGAAAUUGAUGCAAUGUCGUCGAACUAUUGAAAUUCUAGCUGAAGAAAAGUCUACCAAGUUACCUAUUCCUGCUAUGCUUGAUAUUACUGCCGAUAUUUUGAAAGGAUACAAAUUUGAUACUCCUUAUAAUGACUCCAGUCGAUAUGAAGAUGCUAUCAUUGGUUUAAAGAAGGAAGCAUUAUCAGCUAGUAUCAGACUUGAAGAAACCAUGAAGAAGGCCAAAGAGUAUGAAUUGAAAAUAAAACACGAAUAUGAUGAUUUGACAGAUUGUGCAUACGUACUGCAUGCUGUAUUUAUUCAUCAAGGUGAAGCUGAAUAUGGACACUAUUGGUUGUAUAUUCUUGAUCAUGAAAAAGAUCAUUGGUGGCAAUUCAAUGACUCUAAAGUCACAAAGGUUGCAGAAUCCGAAAUCUUCAAGAAUACAUCAGGGCAAAAAGCAAACCCAUACUUUUUGGUUUAUAUUAGAAAGGAUAGGAUAGACUCUUUGACUUCAGUGUCUCCUGUUGAUGCGUAGAUGAAACGAUACCGGAAUUCUAAUUUUAUGUACAAUAAAAGUUGUUUUUUUUUUCCUUUUA